CCCCAGAUCACGGUUGAACCGUUCAACUUUCAUCUAAUCAUCAAACUUAAACCUCAUUAACCAUCUUUUUCGCGUCGGUCCAUCUGGGGGACGUCGCGUCUGAUUUUGAGGAAACCCUAUAUCUAAUGAAAUAAGAAUCGCGGGACACUUUCGCCUAUAUCGAAGCUGUAUUAGGCGUUCGUAGCAUCCUCGCGCGACAGAUCGCGCCGCGAUAGCGACAACAUCAAUAAGUCACGAACCUCUGGUCUCUGUCGGCUUCAAGAUGUCGUCCUUUCCACCUCCUCCACCUCCUCCGGGAUGGGGACCACCGCCACCACCACCUCCCCCAGGUCCUCCCUCCGAUUACCUUCCACCGCCCCCAGGAGCUCCAGCUCCUCCCCCCCCUGGAUACCGACCCCCAACCGACACUCACAUCGCGAAGUUUGCGGCCAAGAAGAAGGAAUGGCUUCGGAACCAGCGAAAUCGAUUCGGCGAGAAGCGCAAGGGUGGUUUUGUGGAAACUCAGAAGGCUGAUAUGCCUCCUGAGCAUUUGCGCAAGAUCGUCAAGGAUAUCGGUGAUGUCUCCCAGAAAAAAUACACAAGCGACAAGCGAAGCUAUCUUGGCGCAUUGAAGUUUAUGCCUCACGCUGUCAUGAAGCUACUAGAGAAUAUGCCAAUGCCGUGGGAGUCAGCAAGAGAAGUUAAAGUCUUGUAUCAUGUCAAUGGAUGCUUAACGCUUGUGAAUGAAAUUCCUCGAGUUAUACCGCCCGUUUUCCACGCGCAGUGGGCGACGAUGUGGUUGACUAUGAGGAAGGAGAAGAGCGACCGAAGAUUGUUCAAGAGAAUGAGAUUUCCUCCAUUUGACGACGAAGAACCCCCAUUGUCUUGGUCCGAGAACAUCGAGGAUGUAGAACCGCUCGAGCCCAUCCAGAUGGAGCUUGACGAGGAGGAAGAUGGUGCUGUAUACGAGUGGUUCUAUGACCAUCGGCCAUUAGUUGACACAGAGCAUGUCAACGGACCCAGUUACAAACAGUGGAAUCUCACAUUACCACAAAUGGCUGCGCUUCAUCGGCUUAGUCGUCCGUUGCUAAGCGAAACAGUUGAUCAGAACUACUUUUACCUCUUCGACCUCAAGAGUUUCCUUACCGCGAAGGCGCUCAACGUCGCACUUCCUGGUGGUCCCAGAUUUGAACCUCUAUACAAGGACAUCGACCCGAACGAUGAAGACUUCGGAGAGUUCAAUGCCAUCGACAGGAUUAUCUUCCGUUUCCCGAUCCGAACCGAAUAUCGAGUCGCUUACCCCUACCUAUACAACUCGCUACCUCGAAGUGUACAGUUUAACUGGUACUCUCACCCUCAAAUUGUCUUCACAAAAUCCGACGAUCCUAACCUGCCUGCGUUUCAUUUCGACCCUAUGAUCAACCCCAUUUCCUCUCGCUCGGUUGCGCCCAAGAAUAUUACCAUAAGCCAUGAGGAUGAGAUUUUUGGUGCUGGAAAUAUCGAAGAGCCUGAAGAUGAAGCCUUUGAAUUACCAGCAGGCGUUGAGCCCUUCUUAUCCGAUGAGGAGCUCUAUACCGAUGAUACCUCGUCUGCUAUUGCGCUCUGGUGGGCGCCCUUCCCAUUUGACCGUAGAUCUGGUCGGAUGGUUCGCGCACAGGAUGUCCCUCUUGUGAAGCAAUGGUAUCUUGAGCAUUGCCCUCCAAAACAACCAGUCAAGGUUCGAGUAUCAUACCAGAAACUCCUCAAGACAUUCGUUCUUAAUGAACUCCACAAGAAGAAACCAAAGGCUCUCAACCGUCAAAGUCUACUAAGGAGCUUGAAGCAGACUAAAUUCUUCCAACAGACGACUAUCGACUGGGUUGAAGCUGGUCUUCAAGUUUGUCGGCAAGGCUUUAACAUGUUGAACCUUCUAAUCCACCGGAAGAACCUCACAUAUCUUCAUUUGGACUACAAUUUCAACCUGAAGCCGGUAAAAACCCUAACGACGAAGGAACGAAAGAAAUCUCGUUUCGGAAAUGCAUUCCAUCUAAUGCGUGAGAUCUUACGUUUGACGAAACUUAUCGUCGAUGCGCAGGUGCAAUAUCGUCUAGGUAACAUUGACGCUUUUCAGUUGGCGGAUGGCAUCCUUUACGCAUUCAACCAUGUUGGCCAGCUUACCGGUAUGUACCGAUACAAAUAUAAGCUAAUGCAUCAGAUCCGAUCAUGCAAGGAUCUUAAGCAUCUUAUUUAUUACCGAUUCAACAGCGGACCUGUCGGUAAAGGUCCUGGUUGUGGUUUCUGGGCACCUGCUUGGCGAGUAUGGCUUUUCUUCAUGCGAGGUAUCAUUCCUCUUCUUGAACGAUGGCUAGGCAACUUGCUUUCCCGUCAAUUCGAAGGACGUCACAGCAAGGGUGUGGCAAAGACCGUGACCAAGCAACGUGUUGAGUCGCAUUUUGAUCUUGAACUUCGAGCUUCCGUCAUGGCCGAUCUUAUGGAUAUGAUGCCCGAAGGUAUCAAGCAAAACAAGGUCAACACUGUUCUUCAACAUCUAUCGGAAGCCUGGAGAUGUUGGAAGAGUAACAUUCCGUGGAAAGUACCCGGUCUGCCCGCUCCUAUUGAGAACAUCAUUCUCCGAUAUGUCAAGUCAAAGGCAGAUUGGUGGAUUUCCGUUGCUCAUUACAACCGUGAGCGAAUUCGGAGAGGUGCAACCGUCGACAAGACGGUCGCAAAGAAGAAUGUGGGUCGUUUGACACGUCUCUGGCUCAAGGCUGAGCAAGAACGACAACACAAUUACAUGAAGGAUGGUCCUUAUGUAUCGUCCGAAGAGGCUGUGGCGAUUUAUACUACGACUGUUCACUGGCUCGAAUCCCGAAAAUUCACCCCCAUUCCCUUCCCAAGUGUGUCGUACAAACAUGACACAAAGAUCUUAAUUCUUGCUCUUGAAAGAUUGCGAGAAGCAUACUCCGUAAAGGGUCGUCUCAAUCAAAGUCAGCGAGAAGAAUUGGCUCUGAUCGAGCAAGCUUAUGACAGCCCUGGUACUACUUUGGAAAGAAUCAAGCGAUUCCUCCUUACUCAACGGGCCUUCAAGGAAGUGCAGAUUGACAUGAACGACAAUUACAGUACUAUCAACCCUGUGUACGAUAUUGAGCCCAUCGAGAAGAUCAGCGAUGCCUAUCUUGAUCAAUAUCUCUGGUACCAAGCCGACCAGCGACAUCUCUUCCCCGCCUGGAUCAAGCCUUCAGACUCUGAAGUCCCGCCUCUACUAGUUUACAAAUGGGCUCAGGGUAUUAACAACCUGGAGAAGGUUUGGGAGAGUGCGGAUGGAGAAUGCAACGUUAUGAUCGAGACAGAGCUUUCUAAGGUCUACGAGAAGAUCGAUCUCACCUUAUUGAACAGACUUUUGAGAUUAAUCAUGGACCACAAUCUGGCAGAUUACAUCAGCUCGAAGAACAACGUUCAAUUAACUUACAAGGAUAUGAACCACGUCAACAGCUACGGUAUGAUUCGUGGUCUCCAAUUCUCAGGCUUUGUCUUCCAGUACUAUGGUCUUGUUCUUGACCUUCUGCUCCUCGGGUUGAAUCGUGCUAGCGAAAUUGCCGGUCCACCUUCAGCUCCGAACGACUUCCUUCAAUUCCGCGAUCGCGAAACAGAGACUAAGCACCCCAUCCGACUAUACACAAGAUAUAUCGACAAAAUAUGGGUAUUCCUACGAUUCUCCGCCGAAGAGUCACGGGAUCUCAUCCAACGAUUCCUAACAGAACAACCCGAUCCGAACUUCGAAAAUGUCAUUGGCUACAAGAGCAAAAAAUGUUGGCCCAGAGAUUCCCGUAUGCGAUUGAUGAGACACGAUGUGAACCUUGGACGAGCUGUCUUCUGGGACUUGAAGAAUCGUCUCCCUCGAUCUGUUACCACGAUCGAAUGGGAUGACACUUUCGCAAGCGUAUAUAGUCGCGAUAAUCCGAACCUACUCUUCUCUAUGUGCGGAUUUGAAGUCCGCAUCCUUCCCAAGAUAAGAAACCAAAACGAUGAGUUCCCCAUCAAGGAUAGUGUAUGGUCUCUUGUAGACAAUACCACCAAGGAGAGGACAGCGCACGCCUUCCUGCAAGUCACGGAAGAAGAUAUCCAGAAGUUUAACAACAGGAUUCGUCAAAUUCUCAUGUCUUCAGGAUCGACGACUUUCACUAAGAUCGCCAACAAAUGGAACACGGCCCUUAUUGCACUUUUCACAUAUUACCGUGAAGCCGCUGUGUCCACGGUCAAUUUAUUGGAUACUAUAGUGAAGUGUGAGACGAAGAUUCAAACCCGAGUAAAGAUUGGGUUGAACUCGAAGAUGCCGUCGCGUUUCCCUCCCGCUGUUUUCUACACGCCAAAGGAAUUAGGUGGCCUUGGAAUGAUUUCUGGUUCGCAUAUUCUCAUUCCCGCCAGUGACAAGCGAUAUUCGAAGCAAACGGACGUCGGAGUCAGCCACUACAGAGCCGGUAUGACGCAUGAUGAGGAAACGCUCAUCCCCAACAUUUUCCGAUACAUCAUUCCCUGGGAAGCUGAAUUCAUUGACUCGCAAAGAGUCUGGACUGAAUACUCUCAAAAGCGAUUGGAAGCCAAUCAACAAAACAGACGUCUAACCCUAGAAGACUUGGAAGACAGUUGGGAUCGUGGUCUGCCUCGUAUCAACACGUUGUUCCAAAAGGAUCGAAGCACCUUAAGUUUCGACAAGGGUUUCCGAACGAGAAGCGAAUUCAAGAUUUAUCAGCUUAUGAAGAGCAACCCGUUCUGGUGGACAAGUCAACGUCACGAUGGAAAGCUUUGGAAUUUGAACGCAUACCGUUCCGAUGUCAUUCAAGCACUGGGUGGUGUCGAAACGAUUCUUGAGCACACCUUAUUCAAAGCAACGGGUUUCCCAUCUUGGGAAGGUCUCUUCUGGGAGAAGGCUUGUCUUGCCAAUGGAACAAUGCUACUACGAUAUGAUCACACCCAGGUCGCAGUCGAAGACGUGAAGGAGGGCGAUAUCCUUCUCGGCCCUGAUGGAGGACCCAGACGCGCAUUUAACAUAGUCAGCGGAAACGACCGCCUUUACCGCAUCAAGAUUGGAGGCGACAAGGAAGAUCUCGUUGUGACGCCAAACCAUAUUCUAGUCUUCCACAAAAAGAAGAGCGAAGUAUCUGGUGCAGUUUCGGCGGCUGGACGCUACGACACUGUCGAGACCACAGCUGCUCAGUUUGCAGCUAUCAACGCUAAAGAGAGAAAUGCCUAUAAACUCUUUGGAGUUCCCGCUUCUGAGAAGGCGUCGAUUACCCUUGACCCUGAAGCCCAUAACUUUACUGUCGAGGAUAUUGUACUCGAGUCAGAGGCGACUGCUUGGGCCGGUUUCCGUGUUGAUAAGGAUCAGCUGUAUCUGCGCCACGAUUACCUUGUGUUACACAACAGUGGUUUUGAAGAGUCCAUGAAAUUCAAGAAGUUGACAAAUGCGCAAAGAUCCGGUUUGAACCAGAUUCCUAACCGUCGAUUUACGCUUUGGUGGUCCCCAACCAUCAACCGAGCGAACGUCUACGUCGGUUUCCAGGUCCAACUUGAUCUCACAGGUAUCUUCUUACACGGUAAGAUUCCCACGCUCAAGAUCUCGCUUAUCCAGAUCUUCCGUGCGCAUUUGUGGCAGAAAAUCCACGAGUCCGUCGUUAUGGACUUCUGUCAGGUGUUCGAUCAAGAGUUAGAAUCUCUAGGAAUUGAAACGGUUCAGAAGGAGACAAUCCACCCUCGAAAAUCGUACAAAAUGAACAGCUCCUGUGCCGAUAUUCUACUCUUCGCUAGCAACAAGUGGAAUGUCACCCGACCGUCGCUUCUCCACGAUACCAAAGACACGAUCGAGCCCACAACCACCAAUAAGUUCUGGCUAGAUAUCCAGCUCCGAUAUGGUGAUUACGACUCCCACGACAUUGAGCGUUAUACUCGUGCGAAAUACUUGGAUUACACCCAAGACAGCAUGAGUAUUUAUCCUUCGGCGACUGGUUUAAUGAUUGGUAUUGACCUUGCCUACAAUUUGUACUCCGCCUAUGGACAAUACUUCCCAGGUCUUAAGGUUCUUGUGCAGCAAGCUAUGGCAAAGAUUAUGAAGGCUAACCCUGCCCUUUACGUUCUCCGUGAGCGUAUCAGGAAGGGUCUCCAACUUUAUGCUUCCGAGAGCAACCAGGAGUUCCUCAACUCUCAAAACUACUCCGAAUUGUUCAGUAAUCAGACAAAGCUCUUCAUUGAUGAUACCAAUGUGUAUCGUGUCACCAUUCACAAGACCUUUGAAGGUAACUUGACUACGAAGCCAAUCAACGGUGCAAUCUUCAUCUUCAAUCCCCGAACCGGUCAAUUGUUCUUGAAGAUCAUUCACACGAGUGUCUGGGCUGGUCAGAAACGUCUCGGUCAAUUAGCCAAGUGGAAGACAGCCGAAGAAGUCGCAGCUCUCAUCAGAUCUCUCCCCGUCGAAGAGCAGCCGAAGGAACUCAUUGUCACCCGUAAAGGUCUAUUGGAUCCUCUCGAGGUUCAUUUGCUAGAUUUCCCGAACAUUUCUAUCCGAGCCUCAGAACUUCAAUUACCCUUCCAAGCGGCGAUGAAGGUUGAGAAAUUGGGAGACAUGAUUCUCCGUGCUACUGAACCACAGAUGGUUCUUUUCAAUCUUUUCGAUGAUUGGCUCAAGAGUAUCUCCUCAUAUACAGCAUUCUCUCGUCUAGUUCUCAUACUUCGUGCUCUUCAUGUUAAUCCUGACAAGACGAAACUCAUUCUUCGACCUGACAAGACCGUUAUCACCCAGAUGCAUCACAUUUGGCCCACGUUGUCAGACGAAGAUUGGAUCAAGGUUGAAACGCAGUUGCGUGAUCUAAUCUUGCACGACUACGGAAAGAAGAACAAUGUCAACGUCUCUAGUUUGACGAGUAGUGAAGUUCGAGAUAUUAUCUUAGGUAUGGAAAUCUCCGCGCCUUCGAUGCAACGACAACAAGCCGCAGAGAUCGAGAAGCAAGAGCAAGAACAACAACAAAUCACUGCUGUCACAACAAAGACCCAGAACAUCCAUGGCGAAGAACUCAUUGUGACUACAACGUCGAGAUUUGAGCAAGAGAAAUUUUCAUCUAAGACUGAAUGGCGCACAAGAGCCAUUGCUACAUCAAACCUACGAACUCGAUCCAACAACAUAUACGUCUCUUCCGUUGACAAUGACCUUGAUGAUAUUACAUAUGUUAUGCCGAAUAACAUUUUAAAGAAAUUUAUCACCAUUGCCGACUUGCGUGUGCAGAUCGCCGGAUACCUCUAUGGUGUCUCCGCACCAGACAACGAUCAAGUCAAGGAAAUCCGUUGUAUUGUCAUGGUACCCCAAAUAGGCAACCUCCGAUAUUCUCAAACUCCCCAGCUGCUACCGCAGCACGAAUAUCUCGCCGACAUGGAACCCCUUGGUGUUAUCCACACUAUGGCCGGGAAUGAAUCACCUUACAUGUCUGCAGUCGAUGUUACAAUGCACUCCCAACUACUCGACCGCCAUACGAAGUGGGACAAAGAAAAGACGGUGACGGUUGACGUAUCCUUCACUCCCGGGUCAGUCUCGUUAUCGGCCUGGUCCUUGACCCCCGCAGGUUACCGAUGGGGCGCCGAAAACAAGGAUCUCAGCAAGGAUGCUCCGGCAGGCUUCACCACCAGUAUGGGUCUGAAGCGCAAACUACUUCUCAGUCCACGAUAUAGAGGAUUCUUCCUCGUGCCCGAAGAUGGCAAAUGGAAUUAUAAUUUCAUGGGCAGUAAUUUUAUCGGUCUGGAAAAGAAGCCGGUGCACGUCAAACUGGAUACUCCACUGCCUUUCUACAAUGACUUACACCGACCUGAACACUUCCACGACUUCACGGAAAUGGAAGAUCCUGGUGUGGAUAGGAGCGACAACUUCGCUUAAGAUUGCCAUCUGGGGUGCAUCGUCAUCAUUAGAGGGAGAUUUCGAUCUUGUGAUCGCCGACUAUGGGUCAUAAAAAAUAAAAUACCUAGGAAAUGGAAGACGGGAAAGUGGUAAUGACGCGUUUGCGAUUGUAUUUCCAAAAUCGGCGAGACGCGGUGUAUGAAAAUUUUGGGGGCCCUUUUUCUUGCUUUUAUUCACAAUUUAUUUUUUUAUGCUGCGGGCGUUCAUGGGGAAAAUAGGAUUGAAUUACGAAGUUCAGGGGAGGUUCAUCAUCUCUAACCUAGAAAAAGGCCCCGGCCCUGUCUCUAUGUACUCUUUAUUACUUUUUUUUCCAUAUUACACAGACAGAUACAGUUAUUACCGCCUACGUAACCUAUCGGUUAUGGGUUACGGGGGUACGUACCUCCUCAUUGUAACAUAUCAGCUUCCUUCCUACGGUACCUACCUCAGUUAUUAAGAUGGGAUGUAUACGAGAGUGUGAUAAUGCCUACCUAACCUAACCUAACCCCCCGCGCGCAACCAUGGACUCGGAACCGAAAGGCGUAGUUAAACGUGCAGUGACCUUUUUAGUGAUCUCACACCAUGGGCAUUUCCGCAUUGCGAUGGCUAAUGUAAUGUAAUAUGUAUUCCUUUUAAAAAGGAAGCGAAGCUUGG